AUGGCUUCUUCAAACAUACCCAACGACAGCAGCUUUACUUGGUCGAAGACAGGCCUGGGUGAAGCAACUUUCAAUGGACUCGCCAGCCUCACCUCGAUACGCAAUGGUGGUGAGAUCAGCUCAGUCGCAACUAACUUUGAAGACAGUGAUGAGCUUCGGAGGAUACUUCAGCCUCAAAAUGGCGAGCUUGUUCCUCAAGAGACAGUGAAAUCGGCGUUACUUGAAGCAUUUUGCCAAUUAGCUUCCAAGGAUGAUUCUGCCUGUCAGAUUGCCAGUGCGGCGCUCAUCGAGGGCAAGGAUAGAUGCGUCGUGGUGCUUGCACGCAACACCAGCUUUACCGAGGAAGAGAAGAAGCUUUUUCAAGAACUAGUAACAGAAUUACAUCCACUCUCACAACUUGCUGCAUACGGUCCACUUGGCCUUGACCAAACAAUUUCCUUAAGAACGAAAAUACUCGACCUUCAACUGACUCAACUCCAUGAUCAUUUGAUUCCCAAAACACGUGAGGCAUUGCGAGUACAUGUUGUGGAGAGGACUGCUGCGCGUCCAAUACUGAUGACGCUACUCUCACCACAUAAGGAGCUCACGAACGCGCUUCGGUCUCUGGUCGAUACUUUUCAGUACGAUGCCUCAUACGCUGCCUCUCAACUACUUGCGGCAUUCGAUUUGGCAUACGUCCCUUUCGCCAAAUUACACCUACGAAAUAUCAUUGGCGACAACCAUAUCACCAAUGAUCUCUGGAGCAACAUUUGCUUGCUAAAAAGGCUGCCCAAAGCUUGGGGUAUCAUUCUUGAAGCGCUUGAAAAGCUGCCACAGCUUCGAGUCCUCGAUAUUGUCUGCCUGCAAUCGCCAAACGUCACAUCCACUCCACAUAGUGAGCCACAAUCCUUGAAGAGAACUCUCCGUCGGUGUGGCCUCUCUCCAGUUUCAACAGCUCUGCGCACUAACAUCAUUCGACAUCUCAGCAUGGAACAAGUCCUGGCUCUGCACGAAAAAUUCCAGCGUCUUAAACCAAUGAUGCAUGCUGAAGUACAAAUCAUUACUUAUUUGCUGCAAAAGGGUUCCGAUGGAGUGUUCGCCAACCUGGCCAGUAGCGCCAGACCUUGCUUCUUGUGCCAUGACUUUGCUCAGCAAUUUCAGCUCAAGACCCGGGAUCCGGUUUUCAGCCAACACAGCGCCUGGAUGGUUCCUGAAGUGCUAGAUAUUGGCUCUGACAAAGUCAAUGUUCUUAUCCAAGCUACACGUGCCAUAGCAGCAAAAUUAAAAUCUCAGCUUUUGAUCCCGAUCACCGCUACCCCAUCAAACCAAAAUUGUGACCCAGGACGCUCCGGCGAAUUCAAGCCAUCUCUCGAGGGCAAUGAGGAUGAUAAGAGCUCUAGUGCAGUCAACGAGGAAUUCAAGUCAUUGGAGGAAGCUUUUGCUCGCUUGAGCCCAGGAAACAGCCUGUUACAUACCCUGGAUCGAAUGCAUGCCUCGAGCGGGUAUGCUCUUUACGAGGCAGCCGAGCGUGACGAAAUACCAAAGGAUGACGAAGUCCACCACGGCUAUGGCUUCUCCAAAUUCACUCAAGAUGAAGACAGAAAGAUGCUCCUUGGUCUGUACAGAGACUCGGCGAACAUGCUUAUCCAACCCGGUGAAGUGAACAGAUGGCGUGCUGAAGUAAGACUCGUCGCGAAAAUCAAGGAGAAGUUCAUGCAACGACCCGAGCACCUGCGUGGGGAUCAUUUCGCCUGGCUGUUGAGGAACGAGCAUAUGCUGGUUGAGCUGGACAUGGAAAAGCGAGCUGGCGAGCCAGAACACACGGGCAUGGUUUACUUUGACGCCUCGCCUCCGCGUCUUCCCGAUACAUCCAGCACGCGUAAUUCCUCCACUGCGGAAGCCUUGUGGCAGACGAUCGACGAUGGCCUGCCCGGCGACGUCGACAUACGCAGGGACUUUGGCUUCGAUCGCUGUGUCUCGGUGCAGGAGGAGAGCAAUCUCCUCGGUCUCUACAAAGGAUUGUGCCUCGAGCGGGUGGACCCCCUCGCCGUACAAGCCUGGGUCAUUGAAGGCAAGCUCGCGGAGAAUAUUCAGCUGUGGUUCGAAGCAAGACCUGCUGCUUAUCGAGGUGCGUACUAUCCUUGGAUUCGGAGGAAUCCGCAUAUCCUGGCAUAG